CGCAGCUCUGCUGUUGCUGGUUCCUGGAAUCCUGACUGAAAAGUCUUCCAUUGAGUUGGUGGUAGUCAACAGCAUCUCAAACACACCCAAUAAGACCUACAGUACUAAUGUCGCAUUCAGAGGGGUCCUUAUCGGUGCCAUGAGAAGACUGCAGGAGACCAAUGCAGGAUUCAAUUUCACCUACACAGAGGACCGCAACUAUGGCCCCUUCCUGGUGAGUGUGAAUGGUGUAGCCGGGAACAAUACUGAAAACACUUUCUGGGAGCUCCUUGUUCAGACUGGGGGGAAUGGGACCAUAAUCAGACCUGAUGUGGGUAUUGGCUGUUACAUCCCUGAACCAAAUGACCGCAUCAUCCUAAAAUUUACUGAGUUCGUCUCGGGCUCGCACUCCGUGAGUGGCAACAGUUCGAAUCCUGGGAACCUCACAGCAGGAAACACUUCCAGACUAGAUUCCAUUGAGCUUGUGGUAGUCAACAACAUCUCAAACACCACCAACAAGACCUACAGUACUGACAUUGCAUUCAGAGGGGUCCUUAUCGGUGCCAUGAGGAGACUGCAGACCAAUUCAGGAUUCAAUUUCACCUAUACAGAGUACCCCGACUAUGGCCCCUUCCUGGUGAGUGUGAAUGGUGUGGCUGGGAACACUACUGAGAAGACUUUCUGGGAGCUCCUUGUUCAGACUGGGGGGAAUGGGACCAUAAUCAGACCGGAUGUGGGUAUUGGCUGUUACAUCCCAAAACAAAAUGACCGCAUCAUCCUGAAUUUUACAAAGUUCACCACAAACUCCGCAAGUGGCAGUUGUACAAAUCCUGGUGUGUUGUUGUUUUUGGUGGGUUUGUUUUUUUGUUUUCUAAUCUAAGCUUAACCCUUGCCUCAGUGACUACCAUACAUACAUACAUCAUGUUGGAAUAGACAGUAGCUUCUGAUCAAUACUGUUUUGUGAUUUGAAAUUGUGCCACAGUUAAUUUUUUAUUUUUACAAAUUGUCAUUCAAAUAAAAAAAAUCUCUCAUUGUUUGAA